GAGCAAAUGGUGAGUAGAGAGCUGAAGGCAGAUGCAUGCAUGAACCUCCAGAUCGGGUCUGUGUAGGAGAGUAAGGGGUCUGUGAAAGAGAGCUCUAGUCAAAGUAAGAAAUACAGCAUACAAGUAGAGGGUCUUGAUCCUGACAGCACUUUCAGGCUCUUCUGGAGCUUCAGUUAUCAUGAAGCACCUGGACCACUCGAGGCUGUCAGCCAGCUUCAGAAAUUAUGCUGUCAGUGGCUGAGGCAAGAGAUUAACUCGAAAGAGCAUAUCUUCGAACUGCUGGAGCUAGACCAGUUCCUGGCCCUGCUGCCCAGGGACAUCCAGAACUGGGUGCAGAAGCAUCAUUCCAAGAAUGUCAAACAGGCUGUGUUCCUGGUAGAAUGGUUGCAGAGAAAACCUGAUGGAGCAAAGAAUGUGGUCACAGCCCAUGAGCUGGGAAAGGAAGCAGUGCUCGUGGGAGGAACAGCAGUGGCCCCAGGCUUCAAGCGGAAGCCAGGAGAGGGCCAAUUGAUGGGCAUGUUCCAGAAUGAAUGUUGGAAUACAUGCCAGGUACUACAAGAACAGCUGGGCAGGAAUACUCACAAAGAAACCCAUCCUGUAUAUGAAAGAGCUGCGCAUGCUCAACAGAUUUUAGUCCCUUCUGAGCAGAAAAGCACUAAAGACCAGAAGAUGGCAUCUGAGCUCCUCUUGCCUAAGUCCCAGAGUUUGUUGACGUUUGAAGAUGUGGCUAUGUAUUUUUCUGAGGAAGAAUGGCAAUUAUUGGAUACGUCUCAGAAGACUCUCUACAUUAAUGUUAUGCAGGAUAUGUAUGAGAAUGCCAUCACCAUAGGGUUAAUGCUCAAAAAACACACUGGAAACGAUCAGCCUAUAUCUGUUCCUGCAUCAGAAAUAGAAAUACCAGGAUGCAAAGUAUCAGAAAAGACCAGAAUGGAAGUUGCCCAGAAAACAACAAACAAGGAAAAUCAUGGUGAUACACACAGGGUUCAGAAAUGGCAUCUAGCUUUUCCAGGAACCAAAAGAAAGAAACUUUCAACUUGUAAAGAAGAGCUUCCAAAACUUACAGAUAUUCAUGGGAAAGGCCACACAGUAGAGAAACCUUUUACAUGUCAGGCAUGUGGUAAAAGCUUCAAAAUUAGCUCUGACCUUAUUAAGCACCAGAGAAUUCACAUUGAAGAGAAACCUUAUAAAUGUCAACAGUGUGAUAGGAGAUUUAGAUGGAGUUUAGAUCGUAAUAAACACUUCAUGACACACCAAGGAAUAAAACCAUAUAGAUGCUCAUGGUGUGGGAAAAGCAUUAGUCAUAAUGCAAAUCUACAUACACACCAAAGAAUUCACACAGGAGAGAAGUCCUUUAAAUGUAAUGAAUGUGGGAAAAGAUUUGUUCAAAACUCCCACCUUAUUAAACACCAGAGGACCCACACAGGUGAGCAGGCUUAUACUUGUAGCAUAUGCAGGAGAAAGUUUAGCAGGCGGUCAAGCCUUCUUAGACACCAGAAACUCCGCAGGAGAAGGGAAGUGUGUCCAGUGUCUCAGGUUUGAGGAAAGUCACCAUAUUGAGCUUGGCCUGAUAAGUGAGGAAAGAGUACAAAAUUAUAAGGCACUCAAUGAUAGAAAUCUGUCCUCAACAGAAAAUUUGGGAGGGGCACAUGUCAUGCUUUACAGAAAGGAACCUAAGCUGUCUCCCUUAUUGAGCAUUCUGUCUUCAGUGCCUAGCAUAAGACUGUUACAUAAUGAAUAUUUUAU